AUGAGUGGAGAAACAGAUGUUUCUGGACUCUCGCUGAGUUGCCACACUGAAAAAAGAUUAAGUACGUGGAGCACAGGAAAAUGCCACAGCUUCAGACAAAAGGAAUCAAGAGUUGUAACACCUUUAACAAAGCAAACGAAAUUGAAAGGAGAAGUAGAUAUUUCUGGAAUCCUGCGGAGUGGCCAAAUCGAAAACACAUUAAGUCGUUGGGGCAUAGAAAAACGCCAUAGCCUCAAACAGAAGGAAGCAAGAGAUGAAGCAGAUGGAUAUCUUCUCAUUCAAAACAACAAUUAUCAAGGAAAAACGGAUGAGGCGUCCUUGCUGACAGCGGAAAAGAGGCUGCGAGAAUUGAAGAUGAAAUGUCCACCGGGGUUCAAGAAAUUCGAAUCUAACGUGAAAUGGCAAACACUCGACCCAGAAACCGCACUGCUGCUGUGGGAAGAUAUUUUUAAGCCGCUGUAUACUUUUGAUCUCGUAAGUAAUGUCCUCGCAGAAAGUAAAACGAAAAAAAGUCAGUAG